AAGACACAUCCGACAGGGUUUUAAUCCAUCAGAGCUGUAACUAAAACACCGGAGUGUUCGAGACACGUUUGGAACUUUUUUUUCCCAUUGGACUGAGUACAACACAAGGCAAUGCCGGGGAUCAGUUCACUCUGAGGAUCUUCUCACAAUGUUGCCUCAGCAUCUGAAGCAGAUCAGAGUCCUAAUGGUGAACGACAAAGAGAACCUAGAGCGGACCCUGUUCAGACUUGAACAAGGGUUCGAGCUCCAGUUCCGCCUGGGGCCGAGUCUCCAGGGCAGGAGGGUUAUGGUUCACACCAACUAUCCUCUCGAAGGGCAGAAGUUUGAACGAAAGAACUUCCGUGUUUUGGCGUGGAGCUACCCCACAGGAAGAGAGGACGACUCUGACAAGUUCUGCUCUCUGGACCUCAAGAUCGCCGGGUCCUACCAGUACUACUUUGGAUAUGGAGAGACGGAGCGGUCAGGAGGAGGAUACAUCGUAGUGGACCCGGUCCUCCACGUGGGAUCAGACAACCAUGUCCUCCCAUUAGACUGCAUCACCAUCCAGACCUACCUGUCCAAAUGCCUGGGACACCUAGAUGACUGGCCCGAUAGACUGAGAGUCGCCAAGGAGUCAGGAUACAACAUGCUCCACCUGACCCCUCUGCAGACCCUGGGAGAGUCCAGGUCCUGCUACUCCUUAGCAGACCAGCUGAGCUUUAACCCGGACUUCAGCCCCGCCGGGCGGAGCUACAGCUGGGAGGAGGUGGGGGCGCUGGUGGAGAAGAUGCGGACAGAGUGGAACAUGCUGUGUAUUACAGAUGUGGUGUAUAAUCACACUGCUUCUAACAGUGUUUGGAUCAGAGAACAUCCAGAGUGCGGCUACAACCUGGUGAACUCUCCCCACCUGAGACCUGCCUGGGUGUUAGAUAGAGCCAUCUGGCACCUAACCACCAGGAUAGCAGAGGGACGCUACGCCGCUAAAGGACUUCCUGCUGACAUCACCAACGAGAGCCAGCUGAAUGCCAUCCGUAGUGUGUUGUGGCAGGAUGUGUAUCCUCAGCUCAGACUGUGGGAGUUCUACCAGGUCAAGGUGGACGUGGUGGUGGAGCAGUUCAGAACCCUGCUGCAGAACGGCACCAAGCCGGACCACAGUAAGACCGGGGGAAAGAAGGGUCUGAAGAUCAUUCAGGACCCAAAAUACCGUCGUUAUGGCAACACACUGGACAUGGACUCUGCUCUGGAGACCUUCACACCUCACAGUUCUUCCCCGCAGCACAUUGAGGAGUGCUGUGGUUGGCUGAGGCAGAAGCUGGAGGAGCUGAAUAAAGAACAGUACCACACCGUUCACCAGCAUCAGGAGCAGGCUGCCAACUGCAUUGUGGGAAACGUAGUGUACGAGCGUCUGGCAGACCACGGCCCCAAACUUGGUCCUGUUAGCAAGAAAAACCCUCUGGUGACCAGGUAUUUCACCUACCCAUAUAAGGACAUGACUCUGGUGGAGGAGCUGCAGAUGCUGGACCAGCCGGACAAGACGUGUCACUUCCUGGCUCACAACGGCUGGGUGAUGAGCGAUGAUCCACUGCGCAACUUUGCUGAACCAGGCUCCAACGUGUACCUGCGUCGGGAGCUGAUCUGCUGGGGUGACAGUGUGAAACUGCGCUAUGGCAACGGGCCUGAAGACUGCCCCUACCUGUGGGCCCACAUGAAGAAAUACACCGAAAUCACAGCGCAAUACUUCCAUGGAGUCAGACUGGACAACUGCCACUCUACACCCUUACAUGUAGCCGAGUUCAUGCUGGAUGUGGCCCGUUCAGCGUGUCCUAACCUGUAUGUGGUGGCUGAGCUGUUUACGGGCAGUGAGGAGCUGGAUAACGUCUUCGUUACCAAGCUAGGGAUCUCAUCGCUCAUACGAGAGGCCAUGUCAGCAGGAGACAGCCAUGAGGAGGGCCGGCUGGUUUACCGCUACGGAGGAGAGCCGGUGGGAGCGUUCGUUCAGCCCAGUCUCCGCCCACUCAUCCCCACCAUCGCCCACGCCAUGUUCCUGGACGUAACCCAUGACAACGAGUGUCCCAUACAGCUGCGUUCAGCUCUGGACUCCCUCCCCAGCUCUGCUAUCGUCUCUAUGGCCUGCUGUGCUACCGGCUCCACCAGAGGAUAUGAUGAGUUUGUGCCACAUCAGAUCUCUGUGGUGAAGGAGGAGCGUUUCUACCCCCGGUGGAGCUCCUCCCCCUCCUCUACUGGUGAGGUUGGCAGCCAGACUGGGAUCAUAGCUGGUAAACUGGCUCUGAACAGGCUGCACCAGGAGCUGGCCUCCCAGGGCUUCAUACAGGUGUUUGUGGACCAGGUUGAUGCAGAUGUUGUAGCAGUGACUCGCCACUGUCCCAGUACUCACCAGUCUGUGGUGGCCGUGUGCCGGACCGCCUUCUGGAACCCUAAAACACACCAGUACGGCGCCAACGUCCCGCCCAUGUGCAUACCUGGGAAGAUCGAGGAGGUGAUCCUGGAGGCCCGGACGGUGGAACGGCCUGCUGGGAGCUAUAAGAAGGAUGAUAAAUACAUCAACGGCAUGCCAGAAUACACCGUGGAGAUAAAGGAGCAUAUAUCGUUAGCGGAGAGUACGGUGGUGAAGCAGGCUGGAGUCACGUCUAAAGGCCGAUCAGAGUUUGUGCAGGAAAUCAUCUUUGAGAAGUUGACACCAGGCAGCGUCAUCGCCUUCAGGAUCAGUUUGGACCCCAAAGCCCAGAAGCUGGCCGGGGUGCUGAGGUUCUAUCUCUCCCAGUUCAGCCCCAAAUACCGGAGAGGCAGCGUCCCGGAUGACAACCCACCAGAGGCCCUGCAGAGACCCCUGGCCCAGCUGAUGUCCAAGCUGACGCUAGCAGACCUGAACGUCCUGCUGUUCUGCUGCGACUCAGAAGAAAAAGAAGACGGAGGAGGCUGUUACAGUAUCCCGGGGUGGGAGACCCUCAAAUACGCUGGACUACAAGGUCUGAUUUCAGUGCUUGCUAACAUCCGUCCCAACAACGACCUGGGCCAUCCCGUCUGUGCAAACCUGCGACAAGGAGACUGGCUGAUAGAAUACGUCUCCAACAGGCUGGUCCGCAGAGACGGACCCCUGGCUGAGGUGGGUCAGUGGUUGGAAGCCAUGUUUAACUACCUGAAACACGUCCCACGCUACCUCGUACCUUGUUACUUUGAUGCGAUCCUGGUGUCGACCUACACCACGGCUCUGGACGCAGCGCACAAACUCAUGUCCAGUUUCAUCCAGAACGGCUCCAGUUUUGUCCGUCACUUGGCGCUGGGGUCGGUCCAGAUGUGCGGCGUGGGGCGUCUACCUGCCCUCCCCCCCCUCUCCACCAAGCUGGAGGGAGUUCCCUACCGCAUCAGUCCAAUCACAGGCCAGAAGGAGCAGUGCUGCGUCUCAUUGGCUGCAGGUCUUCCUCAUUUCUCCUCUGGGAUUUUCCGCUGCUGGGGCAGAGACACGUUCAUCGCUCUGAGAGGCCUGAUGCUGCUCACCGGGAGACACACCGAGGCUCGUAACAUUAUCCUGGCCUUUGCGGGGACACUGCGCCACGGUUUGAUCCCCAACCUGCUGGGUGAGGGUCGCAGCGCCAGGUUCAACUGUCGUGAUGCUGUCUGGUGGUGGCUGCAGUGCAUCCAGGACUACGCUAACCACGUUCCUCAAGGAGAAGAAAUCCUCCGCUGCCCCGUCACACGCAUGUACCCCACUGAUGACUGUGAACCCCGAACACCUGGAGAGGUGGAGCAGCCUCUGUAUGAUGUCAUCCAGGAGGCUCUGCAGCGUCACCUGGAGGGAAUUUCCUUCAGAGAGAGAAACGCUGGGCCCAAGAUAGACAUGCACAUGAAAGAUGAAGGGUUCAACGUGGUCUCCAAGGUGGAUCCAGCUACAGGCUUCGUGUCUGGAGGAAACCGCUUCAACUGUGGUACCUGGAUGGACAAAAUGGGAGAGAGUGACAGAGCAAGGAACAAAGGGAUGCCUGCUACUCCGAGAGACGGAGCAGCAGUGGAGAUCGUUGGUCUCAGUAAGUCAGCUGUCCGCUGGGUGGUGGAGCUCCAUGCUAAAGGCCUGUUCCCUUAUGAUGGAGCCAAAGUACACAGAGAUGGUAAAGAAGUGUUUAUUUCAUACUCCCAGUGGAACCAGCAGCUCCAGCAGUCCUUUGAAGCAGGUUUCUGGGUGUCUGGGGACCCGAAGGACCCCAAUGAGAAGCGCCCAGACCUGGUGCAUAAAAAGGGCAUCUAUAAGGACAGCUAUGGGGCCUCCAGCCCCUGGUGUGACUACCAGCUGAGGCCCAACUUCACUAUUGCCAUGGUGGUUGCUCCAGAGCUUUUUACAGUGGAGAGAGCCUGGGAGGCUCUUCAGGUGGCUGAGAAGAAACUACUGGGACCACUGGGAAUGAAAACACUCGACCCUGAUGACAUGGUGUACUGUGGUGUCUAUGACAACGCUCUAGACAACGACAACUUCAACCUGGCUAAAGGUUUCAACUACCACCAAGGACCAGAAUGGCUGUGGCCAGUAGGCUACUUCCUGCGUGCUAAGCUCUACUUUGCCAAGAAGCUUGGAGAAGCAGCGUAUAAUAAUACAGCAACCCUGGUGAAGAAUGUUCUGUCUCGACAUUACACACACCUGGAAAGGUCUCCAUGGAAGGGUCUCCCCGAGCUGACCAAUGAGAACGGCCAGUUCUGCCCCUUCAGCUGUGAGACCCAGGCCUGGUCCGUGGCCACGGUGCUGGAGGUCCUCUAUGACCUGUAGGGACCUGUAGGGACCUGUAGGGACCUGUAGGGACCCCCUUAGACCUCCUCUAAACACAAAGCUUGCUCUGAUAGAAACACUGUCAGUCACAGCUCACUGCUGACUCCACUGGUGGUGUUUGGGUAACAGAUAAAGGUUGGUGUGGGAGCGAGAUGUGAUUGAUGUGAUUGGCUGCUGAUAAAAAUGAUUCGCUUCACAUUACAUUUAUUUCCAAUAAAUCUAUGAGAGAAUGUGUCUGUCUCCCCUCUAACUGUCCAUGUGAUGCUCUCACUGUGUCCUUCGUCUGUAAAACAACAUUAAACAGGACAGUUCAGCCCCAA